AUGGAUAAUUUACGAGCUCAUGCUUGUAAGUUAUGCAUACAAUUUAAUAGUAUAUUUAUUAUUCAUAUUUGUAAUACAGGUAAUUUUAACGAGAAAUUAUAUUCAUUGGCUAAAGAUGCUGAUAAUGAAAUUCCAGCUAAAAUUAUUCAGAAACAAAAUGAAAAUCAAUGGUUUAAAGAUGGUGUCAGUACAAUAAAAAAAAAAUUAAAAGUGAAAGAGAUAAAUAAAAAGGCGAAAAAUGUUAUUCUGUUUAUUGGUGAUGGUAUGGGUCCCUCAACAGUCACAGCUGCUCGUAUACUUGAUGGGCAAAUUAAAAAACAAACAGGAGAAGAAAAUGUUUUAAGUUGGGAAGAGUUUGACAAUGUUGCUCUGUCUAAAACAUACAAUGUUGAUUAUCAAGUUCCUGAUUCUGCUGGAACAGCAACUGCAUUAACAGGAGUAAAGACCAGAUUUGAUUCUAGACCCUGUAAUGUACCAGAAGUUAUUGAAAAAGAAGUCGAGUCUUGUAAUAUUGUGGGACUUAUUAAUGUGAAUGAAAAUGUCAUAUAUAAAGACUGUAAAUCAUCUAUUGGUAAUGAAGUUUUGUCUCUGGCACAGUAUGCAGAGUUAGAUGGGUUAUCAACAGGUGUAGUUACUACAACACGUCUAACACAUGCAACUCCUUCAACUGUUUAUUCAAGUUCUGCUUCAAGAAGUUGGGAGCAUGACAAUGCUGUUAAAGACAAGCAAUGCAAAGAUAUAGCAAGCCAACUGAUUGAUUUUAAGUAUGGAAAUGGUCUUGAAGUAGCUUUAGGCGGAGGGCGAUCUGCAUUUCUUCCUAACUUAACGGUUGAUGAAACGACAAAAAAAACUUAUAAAAGAGGUGAUGGCAGAAAUCUUGUUGAGGAAUGGAUUAAUAAAACCUCUAAUAAUGGUAAAUAUGAGUAUGUUUCUAAUGCAGCUCAAUUAAGAAAUCUAAAACCAGAAGCUGUUGAUCAUGUGCUUGGAAUAUUCAAUUAUGACCAUUUGAGUUACUCUUACUAUCGCUUAAAUGGAACAGAUGAGCCAUCUUUAGUUGAAAUGGUUGAAUUUGCUGUCAAAGUACUCAGCAAAAAUUUUAAAGGAUUUUUCUUGUUAGUUGAAGGUGGUCGAAUUGAUCAUGGUCAUCAUGACAACAAAGCUUUCCAUGCUCUUCAUGAUGCAGUGGAACUGAAUCAUGCUGUUCAAAAAGCAAAAGACAUUACUGACCCAAAUGAGACUCUUCUAAUAGCUACAGCUGAUCAUUCACACGUGUUUACAUUAGGAGGGUACCAAAUUUAGUGUUUACAUUAGGAGGGUACCAUCGUUCUGCUUUUCUGUGAUUGGUUUGAUAUUAUUGCAAACAAUGCUGUUUUUCUUCAAUGAAACAUUUAUAUUUUAAAUAGCAAACUUACAUAGAAAUAUAUAUAACAAUAUUAAUAUUUGUAAAGUAAAUAUAAAAUUUUUUUAUUUUUAUUUUUUUCUGUUUAUGAGUCCCAACAUUGCAAAUUUUAUGAGAAUUUUUUAUGAGAAUCUAUAUAUUUAUACUAUCUUUAUGAGAAUUUAAAUACGUAUACUAUACGUAUACUAUUUUUA